GCUGGAUACCCUCUUCUACUGCAACUGUCUCUGGACUCCGAAGCCCAAAGCUACUGCUGCUGCUGCUAAAGUAAAGAACAGCCAUACACAUAACAAGCUUUUCUGGGCUCUCCCUCUCAUCAUAUUCGAAGAGAUGACGGAUCGUAGAGUUUAUGUCUUUGAUGAGGUUGCAAGGCACGACAAAAGGGGGGACACCUGGCUUAUAAUCUCCGGGAAGGUGUACGAUGUGUCCUUAUUUCUGGAUGACCAUCCCGGGGGUGAUGAGGCCCUGCUUGCAGUAACUGGGAAAGAUGCCACAAUUGAUUUUGACGAACAGAACCACAGUGAGGAGGCAAGGAAAAUGCUGGUUGACUACUACAUUGGUGAUGUAGACAUAUCGACUCUUCCAGUUGAACAUGAAGACACAACUGAAGAAGCAGCGGCUUCUGCAGGAAUCCAGACUUUUGGAGGUUUGGUUAAGAUAUUGCAAUUCCUGAUCCCCCUGAUCAUCCUGGGAUUAGCAUUAGCUCUCCGCCAGUACAAGAACAAGGAAUAGGCAAACCAUUUGAUGGUGUUGUUAUACCGAUGCCCUUGAUUGACUUGCGUCUGCCAUUGGAAUAAUGUUAAUUUGCAGUCCAUUGUGUUUGUUGUAAGUUGUAUACCUUCAAAACCGAACCACAAACCUUUCUGUUUUUCUGCUUCUCCUUCACAUCUGCUGCGCUUGAAUUUCAUUACUGGAUCUGAUUUGUUAUAAUUUGUUAUUUAGGUUA